UUUUUUUUUUUUUUUUUUUUUUUUUUUGAGAUGGAGUCUCACUCUGUCACCCAAGCUGGAGUGCAGUGGUGUGAUCUCAGCUCACUGCAACCUCUGCCUCCAGGUUCAAGCAAUUCUCUUGCCUCAGCCUCCCGAGUAGCUGGGACUACAGGUGCACACCACCACGACCAGCUAAUUUUUUUUGUAUUUUUAGUGGAGAUGGGGUUUUACCGUGUUGGCAGGGUGGUCUUGAUCUUCUGACCUUGUGAUCCACCCACCUUGGCCUCCCAAAGUGCUGUGAUUACAGGCGUGAACAACUGUGCCCAGCCUGCGUGCAGGCUUAACCAUCCCUUAGGUCUUCAUUUCCAGGUGGGGAAGGGGCCAAGGGAGGCACUGUCACUGUCCUCCUUGUUCUGUUUAGGUGUAGCGUGUACAUUUCUGAAGGUGAAUAUUUACUUAGAUGACUUAGCAGGAUGUCCACCCUAGUGAGAUACUUCCAUGGGUGAAUGCAUAUGUCUUGCUGAGAUGAGGUGACUGAAUACACAUAUGAAUGUAAAACCUACCGUGUCCUCACCCAUGUCCUCGGAGGAAUACACAGGAAACUCAUGGAGUUGUCUUCAGCCUCCCAGCGAGGAGUCUGGUGGGGGAGCUGGCUCUGGAGGACAGCCUGUUUGUGGCAUCUCUGCCUCUGCCCGUCUCUGCCUCUGCCCACUGGGCUGAGGGCACGUGCCCCAGGGCCUUGGGGAGGUAUCCCUGCCUCAUAGCUUGGGGCCUCAGUUCCAGCCUCUAGGAAGCCAUGUAGUUGCAUUCUUCAUUACUCAUGUGUUUUUUAAAAUCUGAGACACAGUUCACAUAUUAUUACAUUCACCAUUUUAGAUUGUAAAAUUCAGUGGUUUUUAGUGCAUUCACAAGGUUGUGCAACCAUCACCAUUAAUUCCAGAACAUUUUAAUCAUUCCUAAAAGAAACCUUGUACUCACUUGCAGAGAAUCCCCAUUUCCCUGUCCUCCCAGCCCUGGCCACCAGUGACCUGCCUUCUGUGUCUACAGAUUUGCCUGUUCUGGACAUUUCACAUAAAUGGAACCAUGUAUUAUAUGGCCUUUUGUGCCUGGCUUCUUUCAUUUAUUAAUCACAUAUUUCCACGGUUCAUCCAUAUAUUGUAGCAUGAAUCAGUACUUCAUUCCUUUUUCUGGGUAAAUAAUAUUCCACUGUGCCAUAGUUUGUUUCUCCAUUCAUCCGUCGUAGACAUUUGAAUUGUUUCCACUUUUUGGCUACCGUGAAUAAUACUGCUAUGAACAUUCCUAUACAAGUUUUUGUGUGAACAUACAUUUUCUCCUUGAAUAUAUACCCAGGACUGGAAUUGCUGGCAUAUGGUAACUCUAUGUUAAACUUUUUGAGGAAUUACCAAGCUGUUUUCCAAGUAAUUGAACAAUUUUACAUUUAUUAAAUUUUACACCAGGAAUGUAUGAAGGUUCCAAUUUCCCGACAUCCUUGCUGAUGCUUGUUAUUGUUGUCUGGUUUAGUAGGUGAGAAGUGGUGUCAUAUUGUGGUUUUGAUUUCCAUUUCCCUAAUGACUAAUAAUGUUGAGCAUCUUUUCAUGUGUCUGUUGGCCACUUGUAAAUCCUCUUUGGAAAAAUGUCCAUUCAAACUCUUUGCCCAUUUUUAAAUUGGGUUGUCUUUUUAUUGUUGAAUUGUAAGAGUUCUUUGUUUAUUUGGAUACUAGACACUUCUCAGACAUAUGAUUUGUAAAUUUUUUUUUUUUUUUUAAGAUGGAGUCUUGCUCUGUCGCCCAGGCUGGAGUGCAGUGGUGCAAUCUCAGCUCACUGCAACCUCCGCCUCCCGGGUUCAAGCGAUUCUUCUGCCUCAGCCUCCCCAGUAGCUGGGACUGCAGGCAUGUGCCACCAUGCCUGGCUUUUUUUUUUGUAUUUUUAGUAGAGAUGGGGUUUCACCAUGUUGGCCAGGCUGGUCUCAAACUCCUGACCUCAGGUGAUCCUCCCGCUUCAGCCUCCCAAAGUGUUGGGAUUACAGGCAUGAGCCACCGUGCCCAGCCGAUUUACAAAUAUUUUUUCCUUUUCUGUGGAUCAUCUUUUCACUUUCUUGAUUGUGUCGUUUGAUACACACAAGUUUUAAAUUUUAAUGAAAUCCAAUUUAUUUCCUUAUUCUUUAGUUGCUUGAGUUUUUGUUGUCAUGUUUAGGAAACUAUUGCCUAAUCCUGGCUCAUGAAAUGAAAACAUCUGUUUUCUUCUAGGAGUUUUAUACUUUUAGCAUGUAGCUAUCCAGUUGUCCUAGCGUCAUUUGUUGAUAAGACUACUCUUUGCCCCAUUGAAUGGUCUUGGCACUCUUGUCAAAACUCAGUUGACCACAAAUAUAUGGGAUUAUUUUUGGGCUCUUUUGAGACAGGAUUUCACUCUUUCACCCAGGCUGGAGUGCAGUGGCAAGAUCUUGGUACACUGCAGUCUCAACCUCCCUGGGCUCAGGUGAUCCUCCUACCUGAGCCUCCUGAGUAGCUGGAACCACAGGUACACACCCCCACACCUGACUACUUUCUGUAUUUUUUGUAGAGAUGAGAUUUCGCCAUGUUGCCCAGGCUGGUCUUGAACUCCUGGGCUCUGCCUGCCUCAGCCUUCCAAAGUACUGGGAUUAUAGGCAUCAGCCACUGCACCCAGACUAUUUCUGGACUCUUGGUUCUGUUCUGUGGGUGUAUAUGUCUAUCCUUACACCACUGCCUCACUUGUAAUUUUUUAGUAAGUAAAUUGUAAUUUUUAAGUAAGUUUUUUUUGUUGUUGUUGUUGAGACGGAGUCUCACUCUGUCACCCAGGGUGGAAUGCAGUGGCCUGAUCUCAGCUCACUGCAACCUCCACCUCCUGGGUUCAAGCGAUUCUCCUGCCUCAGCCUUCUGAGUAGGUGGGAGGGACUACAGGUAUGUGCCACCACACCUGGCUAAUUUUUAUAUUUGUAGUAGAGAUGGGGUUUCGCCAUGUUGGCCAGGGUAGUCUUGAACUCCUGACCUCAAGUGAUCCACCUGCCUUGGCCUCCCAAAGUGCUAGGAUUACAGACGUGAGCCACUGCACCUGGCCUCUUUGUUUUUUUUUAAAGUUGUUUUGAUUAUUCUGUGUCACUUGCAUUUUCAUAUAAAUUUUAGGAAUGUGUUGUCUAUUUCUUUAAAAAAGGCAGGAAUUUUAAUGGAAAUUGUAUUGAAUCUAUAGGUCAAUUUGAUGUAGUGUUGUAUUGCCAUCUUAACAUAUUAAGUUUUCCAAUCCAUGAACAUGGGAUAUCUUUAUUUAGGUCUUCUUUAAUUUAUAUCAAUAAUGUUUUAUAAUUUUCAGUGAAUAAGAAGUCUUGCACUUAUUUUGUUAAACUUACUCCUAAGUAUUUUAUUCAUUUUGAUGCUGUCCCAAAUGGGGUUGUUUUAUUUCAUAUUCAGAUUUCUCAUUGCUAGUGAUUCUUGUAUAUUGAUCGUAUACCUUGCAAACUUACUGAACUCAUUUCUUAGCUGUAAAUAGGGUUUCUUUUUUUGAGGGGAGAUUCUUCAGGGUUUUCUAUAUGUGAGUAUGUAAUAUGCAAAUAAAAAUAGUUUUACUCUGCCUUCUCAAACUAGAUGUCUUUUAUUUCUUUUUCUUGUCUAACUGUCCUUGAUAGAAUCUCCAGUGCAAUGUUGAAAACAAAUAGCGGACUGGAAAUCCCCCUGACCUUAGGAGGAAAGCAUUCAUUUUCUCAUCACUAAGUAUGAUGUUAGCUAUGGGUUUUUGGUAGAUGCCCCUUAUCAAAUUGAAGAAGUUCCCUUCUAUUCCCAGUUUGUUGGGUGCUUUUAUUAUGAAAAGGUGUUGGAUUUUGCCAAAUGUGUUUUCUGCAUCUAUUGAGAUGGUCAUAGGGUGUCCUCCCUUUAUUCUAUUGAUAUGGUAUAUUACAUUGAAUUUUGGAUGUGAAACCAACCGUAUAUUCUUGGGAUAAAUCCCAUUUGGUUACGGUGUAUAAUACUUUAUAUAGAGUGUUAGAUUUAGUUUAUUGUAUUUUAUUGAGGACAUUUGCAUCUAUGUGACCUUCGUGUUUUAUUUUAAUAUCAAGAUAAUACUUAUAGAAUGAGUUGUGAAGUGUUCCCUCCUAGUCUUUCUUUUCUUUGUUUUCGAAAGAUUUUGUGAAGGUUUGGUGUUUUUUGGUUUUUUUUUCUCUUUUUGAGACAAGAUCUCACUCUGUCACCCAGGCUGGAGUGCAGUGGCAUGAUCUCAGCUCACUGCAACCUUUACCUUCCAGGUUCAAGUGAUUCUCCUGCCUCAGCCUCCUGAGUAGCUGGGAUUAUAGGCAUGUGCCACCACACUGGUGUUUUGUAUGUUUGUUUGUUUGAAGGCUUGGUGUUAAUUCUAGUUAAACCUUUGAUAUAAUUCACCAGUGAAGCCAUGUAGCUCUGGCUUUACUUUGUGGCAAGUGUUUUGGUUACUGUCUCAGUCUCUUUACAUGUUACUGGCCUUACUCAGUGGUUUGGUUAGGCUUUGUGUCCCCACCCAAAUCUCAUCUUGAAUUGUAAUCCCUAUAAUCCCCAUGUGUCAAGAGAGAGACUCGGUGGAUGUCAUUCAAUCAUGCUGUUCUUGUGAUAGUUCUCACAAGAUCUGCUGGUUUUAUAAGGGGCUCAUCGCCCUUCGCUUGGUGUUUCUUCCUGCCACCUUGUGAAGAAGGUGCCUUGAUUCCCCUUUGCCUUCUGCCAUGACUAUAAGUUUCCUGAGUCCUCCCCAGCCCUGUUAAACUGUGAGUCGAUUAAACCUCUUUCCUUUAUAAUUUACUGAGUCUCAUGCAGUUCUUAAUAGCAGUAUGAAAAUUUAGACUGAUACAUUUGGAUUUUCUAUUUCUUCUUGAGUUUGUUUUGGUAGUGUCCUUCUAGGAAUCUCUCCAUUUCAGGUAGGUUAUUUCAUUUAUUGGCAUACAGUUGUUCAUAAUAUUCCAUUCUGCUGCCUCCUUACUGGGAACACGAGCUAUUAUUUUUCAAGGCAACCAUGGAGUUAGGGAGCAGGAAUAAGGGACUAGGAUAAGUUAAAACAACACAAACCUCACUGGUUUGUGUUUGUUUGUUUGUUUUUUUACCAAGAUUCAUCUGUUUUUCUUGACCAAAUGUUCCUAGGGUUAUUGACAACCUUUGGUGGAUUUGCAGAGUUCUGAAAGAGUAGAUUCUGAUAAUUUUUGCUAGGUUUUUCAUUGCUUUUAUGGAGGGAUGAACUUCUGGAGGUCCUUACUCCACCACUUUUUGCUGACAUCACUCUCGGUGUUUUUGCAAUAUCUAGAGCCAGAGCACUGACCCAAAUCCCAUUUUGUCAUGGUGUAUAAUACUUUGUAUAGAGUUCUAGAUUCAGUUUACAGUAUCUGUGGCUCCCAAUCCCAUCCCUGCAGCAGGACAGGCUGCAGAAUGGGUGGUAAGGUUGUGCAGAGAUUUGGGAUUUGGGCUCAGUCAGACUCUAAGCCUCUCUCAAUUUCUAGCCUUCGAUGUCCGCUUUUAUAGUAAAUAUUUGUUGAAUUGAUUAGUACUUGGUAAACUUGUGCUUGAACUUCAUUUACAAAUUAUGUUGUACAAAACACUUGUGGCUGUAACCUCCUUUCCAGUGCUGUAUGUGACCCUUGGGGCCCUAAAUAAAUGUUUCCUCCUUACAGAAAACUGUGGGUCUGCAUGAGAGUCCUGGAUUCUAGUGUUGAGGAUUUCCACAUGGAUGGGCUGAGUCGGGAGUGGUGAGAGGGCCUAGGCCCUAUGGCAUUGACUCGUAGCUGCUGUAAGAACAUUUUCUGCUUAAGUUUUCUUAAGCAUUCGGCUACCUACAUCAGAGAGUCAGCGGUAUUCCUUAUUCAUUUUGGCUCCUCUGGGCUCAGCUUCUCCAUGCUCUUUAGCCCCUGGGGCCACCUUUAAAAACUAUUUGUUGAAUUGAUCAGUGUUGGGCAACUUUGGAAUUGGACUACAUUUACAAAUUAUAUUGUACCCAGUGCUUGUCAUCACUUGACUGCCAGGGUGCUUAAUGAGUACCUCCUCCUGUUGGGACUUGCUGGGUGAGUGUGUUCCUCGGUGGUGUGUGGGCCUGGUAUCUAAGUGCCAGUGAGCCCCUCCAAGGCUUUCUCCCACCCUAGUUUGGGAGGAUCAGUGCCCUGCUGUCUUUAGUGAACGGCUGCCAGCUCUUGCUUUCGGAAGGCAGAAGAAGAUACUGCUCAAGCUUUCUGACCUUUCUAGAAAGGUCUUUCAGGGAAACGGAAUCAAUGCUAAAGAUUUCCAUGAGUGCUCUGGAUCUUUAUUGUACUGUUGACCAGGCUCACCUUGGCCACAGUUUGGAUGCCGACCGUGGGUGUUUAUGAAUCACAAGUAACUUUGCCAGUCUCUCUGGGUAAAAAUGCGGGGGACGUGGUACCUUCCUGGUGGUUUCCACCAGGUCCCUCUGUGUCUGCUCCCCUGGAAGCUGGAGGAUUGCCUUUUCUCUAAAAUAUGGACCUCUUUUGGGGUGCCUGACCAUUUGUUGGCCAGAUCCAGAAGAUGGGCUCUGCCCUGGUCUGGGUGCCCCACGGUGAUGUUUGUGACAGAGGCUCUCAGAGAAGGGAGCAAAGCAGAAUGUGGGCCUGUGUGGCUCCGGUCCUCGGUUUCCUAACUGUUGGCAGGGAUCCUAAAGGCGCCAGGUCCUCCCCGUGCUCCUCAGCUGACUCUGACCUCCUCAGUGUGUCCACGGGCACAGGCUUUUCUCCUGGCAGGUGGCAGCCGGAGACCUCCUGGGUGUCCUGCCGCCACUGUGGACCUCACCUCAGUGCUGUCUGGGGCCUUCCCAGACCAGUCCCCUCCCAGCGGGACCCAACCCCGCCAGCCUCAGCUUUCAGGAGCUGCCCCCGCGGCGCGAACAAUAUCCUUUCUAUUUGGAGUUGACUCCGCUGCCCUUUGGAGAUUCCAGCGCGUAACGUGAGCUCGCGACCAGCGCGGGGGAGGCGCCCACACGCCCGUCCCGUCGCGGUGUCUGGCCCCAGGCGGCCGCGCCUCCCCUCCGAGGUGGUCCCACAGCCCCUGCACCAGGCGGCCCGCGCCCGCGACCUCAAGGCGGCUGCCCCGCGCCAUGGCGGCCCGGCUGGGUGCGCUGGCCGCGUCGGGGCUGUACCGGCGGCGCCAGCACCGGCAGAGCCCGCCGCCCGCCGCGGGCAAUAUGUCGGACGCCUUGGCCAAUGCCGUGUGCCAGCGCUGCCAGGCCCGCUUCGCCCCCGCCGAGCGCAUUGUCAACAGCAAUGGGGAGCUGUACCAUGAGCAGUGCUUCGUGUGUGCCCAGUGCUUCCGGCCCUUCCCCGAGGGGCUCUUCUAUGAGUUUGAAGGCCGGAAGUACUGCGAACACGACUUCCAAAUGCUGUUUGCUCCGUGCUGCGGAUCCUGCGGUGAGUUCAUCAUCGGCCGUGUCAUCAAGGCCAUGAACAACAACUGGCACCCGGGCUGCUUCCGCUGCGAGCUGUGUGAUGUGGAGCUGGCUGACCUGGGCUUUGUGAAGAAUGCUGGCAGGCAUCUCUGCCGGCCUUGCCACAACCGUGAGAAGGCCAAGGGCCUGGGCAAGUACAUCUGCCAGCGGUGCCACCUGGUCAUCGAUGAGCAGCCCCUCAUGUUCAGGAGCGACGCUUACCACCCUGAUCACUUCAGCUGCACCCACUGUGGGAAGGAGCUGACGGCCGAGGCCCGCGAGCUGAAGGGUGAGCUCUACUGCCUGCCCUGCCAUGACAAGAUGGGCGUCCCCAUCUGUGGGGCCUGCCGCCGGCCCAUUGAGGGCCGAGUGGUCAACGCGCUGGGCAAGCAGUGGCAUGUGGAGCACUUUGUCUGCGCCAAGUGUGAGAAGCCAUUCCUGGGGCACCGGCACUAUGAGAAGAAGGGCCUGGCCUACUGUGAGACUCACUACAACCAGCUCUUCGGGGACGUCUGCUACAACUGCAGCCAUGUGAUUGAAGGCGAUGUGGUUUCGGCCCUCAACAAGGCCUGGUGUGUGAGCUGCUUCUCCUGCUCCACCUGCAACAGCAAGCUCACCCUGAAGAACAAGUUUGUGGAGUUCGACAUGAAGCCCGUGUGUAAGAGGUGCUACGAGAAGUUCCCGCUGGAGCUGAAGAAGCGGCUGAAGAAGCUGUCAGAGCUGACCUCCCGCAAGGCCCAGCCCAAGGCCGCGGACCUCAACUCUGCCUGAAGGCCCUCUUGCGCAGCCACCUCUCGGCCCCUCCGCCUUCUCCCCUCCCGCUGUCCAUGCUUGGCCCCCUCGUCCCCGUCCACCUGCGCCCUCUGCAUCUUACGCUCCCCUUCUCUUUCUUCAUUGCCUCCCCCCUUCCUGUUCCCUCAUCUCUGCCUUCCCCCUGUCUCUCCUCUCCUCGGCUGUGGCUUCUGUCUGUGAGGAGGCAGGAGCUGGGGAGUGGGAGCCUAUGACCCCGCGUCUGACAGCCACGUCCACCUGUGCCCACAGUUUCCGCCCACAGACCUCCAGGGACAGAAGCAAAUUGCACCACAGCUCCCUGCCUGGCCUGGCCCUCCCCAGGCAGCUCAGUGGCUCAUGCUGUCCUGUGAGAGCCCCUGCCCCAGAGCGGCCCCACUAAGCGCAUGUGGCUCCUGGACUACCUACAGCCAGGGCAGCCUGCUGGAGCCACAGGGCCAGGACCAUGCAGAUGGAGGCCUCUGGGAGCCACCUCCAGUCCCUCACCACUCACUCAACCAGGGGCACAGUGUCCCUGUUCCCACACUGAGCCAGCAAGUCCUGCUGUCCACACCCACAAGCUACCUGGAGGGACAGGACCCACCUCCAUCCCUCGGAAGGUCUUCCUGGAACCCCACCUUGGCCUCCCACCUGGGUUCCGCCCCGCCCCCUCCCCCCGACCUUGGGGCUUGUGUUGAGCCCUGGGGUGGGGCCAGGGGCCAGGAGGUGGUGAGGUCAGAGGAGGUGGGGUCAGAGGUGGCUUUUUCCCACCUCCAGGGAGGACGCUUCCUCUGCGGCCAGCGCAGACCUGGUGUUGGGCUCACGCUUGCACAAUGAAGGCUUCUUCACACAA